AUGCAACGGAUUGAUUGUGUAUGGGGGCAGAAGAGAGAGAGAGAGAGAAAACACAAGAAAACCGUUCAUUUUUGCAGGAUGGCAAACGACUCAAUGAAAGCGACGAAGCGAACAUCAUCGGCACGACUUUGGUCGUGGAGAAUCCUGACGUAAGAAUCAAAGAAAAACAAGAAUUGGUCAUUUUUGUGUUCUUUCCAGGAAUCAGUGGCCGGCCGGUACACGUGCAUUGCCGAGAACAAAGCAGGUCGAACGGAAAAGGAUAUGAUCGUGGCGAUUCUAGGUGAGUCUUGACUUGCGAACUUUUGUUUACAACCUAUUCUUCUUUUAGGUCCACCAAAAAUGGCUGAAGACAAAGAAGCAGAAGUGACGGAAAAAGACCCGGUGACUUUGCAGUGUCCAACCGAGGUAAACACACUUUCCAGAGCUCCUCUUGUGAUUCGUGCUCAUUGCUCAUUUCUUUCUCCUCCCAUUUCUCAGACUGAUCGUCUCAAUUGUCAAUUGUCCCCUUUGCCUAUUUUCUGGUGCCAGUCAGUUCAAAAAGCGGUCUUCCUCUUUAUAAAAGAGACGAAAACGAGAAUGGGCAAGAAAAGGGAAGAAAAAACGAGGGGUUAAACAAUAGCUAGAGAUGGGCCCACCGCCGUUUUUCUUAUUCUCCUUCUUCUUUUCCUCCCUUUUACUCCGAGAGCUCCUUUUUCGGAAUGGGCACAAAAUGGACGGGAGCAGUACUUGCACAUGAAAUAUUUAAGUGCACUUUGAAAGCAUUGGGCUAACGCAUUCCGACUGCCCGAAUUUUGAGAAGGAUUCUAUGACAAUUGGGAAAAGAUUUUGAAAUGAGGGACUAGGAAACACUCAAAAAAUGUUUGCAGGACGUGCAGAAUGUCAAGAUCACCUGGUUCAACAAAGGACAACAGGUCACUCAAUCGGAUCGUAUUCAAGUUGGUUCAAAACAUUGGUUCUCCAAAAUGUGUGACUUUUUCAGAUGUCCUCCCUCAAAGACAAGAUCUACAUUAUGAACUCACACAGAAAUGACGCUGGACAAUACACCUGUCAGGUUGAAAACGAGGCUGGAAAGGGAUUGGCUAAAAUCAAUCUUGUUGUGAACAGUAAGAACAAUACCAAUAAGAAAACAAGAAAAUCUUCAAAUUUCAGCUGCCCCGAUCAUCUCCGGAAGCACAUUUAGCUCAGAUGAAGCUAUCGCAAAUACCUCAAAGAUUCUAAAAUGCGAUAUUUCGGGAGUUCCGAAGCCAGAUGUGAAAUGGUUCUUGGAUGGAAAGCCUGUCUUUGAUGUGAAUGGACUGAAAUUCAAGCAGACAGUGAGAAAGAAGAUAACAAUUUCACAAGUGUUGAAUAUAAUUCUUCAGGAUUCGUACCCAGAUUACUACUUGGACAUUCAGAAUGUCAUGCCUAACCAAGAAGGAAGAUACACUUGCCUGGCAGAGAACAAGGCUGGAAAAGCUGAAAAGGACAUCUAUUUGGAAGUAUUCGGUAGGAAACCCCUUGAAAUCUAGGCAAUCAGUACGAAUUCUAGAACCGCCGAGAGUAAUCAUGGCAUCGGACUUCAUGAAGGUAGUCGAGGGACGGCCGACAACAAUCCGUUGUGAGGUAUGUUCCUUCCAACCGAAUUCCCAUCUGUUUUCCAUUCGAACAACCCCCGCAACCGCCGCCGACACAAACACUCGCCUCUCUUUCUCUUUCUCUCUUCCCCCGUACAACAUGCGGCCUCCCCCUUACAUUUGUCCGUGUUCUCUGUACUCUCACUCGGACGGGGGUAUAGCUCAGGGGUAGAGCGCUCGCUUUGCAUGCGAGAAGUCUGGGGUUCGAUUCCCCAUACCUCCAGAAACACCUUUUUGCGUUUUGCAACAAAAAUUGUUUGCUAUUGACAGAGAGACAGAGCGGCCGGGCGGGCGGCAAGUUUGUCAUGACAAGAGAAGCUUCGGGGAACGUGCGGGGGUAUAGCUCAGUGGUAGAGCGCUCCCUUAGCAUGGGAGAGGGCUGGGGUUCAAUUCCCCAUACCUCCAGAAAUGUUUUGUUAAAUCUAACAUUGAUCUUUAGGUGUUCGGAAACCCGGAACCAGAAGUCAAGUGGCUCAAGAACAACCAAUCUUUUAUUUCGGACCUUCUUCACUUCUCCACAAAACUAACUUACUUGCACCUAAGGACUACCUCUCUCAAAGAUGCCGGACAGUAAGAUUAAUUAUAUCGUAAAAAGCAAUUUUAUGCUCAAAACACAAAUUCAGAUACACCUGCAUAGCGACCAACAAAGCAGGCUCCAGCCAGACGAGCACUGACGUAUCAGUCCUGAGUAAGUUAUGCAAGUUUCCAGAGGUGUGAGAUAUUAGCGUGCAGCACGCCAUUGGAAAAGUUCUGGACAUCCAGAAUGACUGAUACAGAAUUCAGAAUUUAGAAUUCAGAAGCAUAAAUGAUAACAUUGCAUUUUCAGUGCCACCGGUGAUAGAAGAAGGGGAACGAGUGCUUCAAGGAAAAGAAAACUUUACGUUCAACAUCAAUUGCGCUGCAACUGGAACCCCACCGCCGCUUUAUACCUGGAAGAAGAAUGGAAAAGAGCUGCCGAGUAAGAAACAUUCAGAGAAAGUCAUAACAGGUUUUGUCGUUUCAGACGAAACCAGCUCGACACUGCUUAUCUCAAGCCUGAAAAGAGAAGAUGAAGGAAGAUACCAGUGUAUUGCUAGCAAUGAAGCUGGAAAUGCGGUCGCCGACUUUGUGCUUGACGUGAUGACUCGUCCCAAAUUCGAACCAUCUGACAGUGAGGUCAACGCUAUUGAAGGACAAGUGGCUAAGAUCGAAUGUAAGGUGGACGGACACCCGAAACCAACCAUCUCGUGGCUCAAGGGGGGAAGACCUCUGCAAAUGGACAAUGUUAUUUUGUCGCCCAGAGGAGACACUCUCAUGAUUCUCAAAUCGCAAAGAUUCGAUGGAGGUCUUUACACUUGUGUGGCUUCCAACGGAUACGGAGAAAAUGAGCAGGACUUCAAGGUGAACGUCUGGACGAAACCGUACAUUGACGAGCCGAUCGACCAGACUCCGAAGGUUGUCGCUGGUAACACGGUUCUCCUGAAGUGUCCAGUGGCUGGAAAUCCAAGGCCUACGAUUGUGUGGAAGCGUGGAGAGACGCUUAUCAUUCCUUCGGAGAAGUACGUUAUCAGACGCGGAGAAGAUCUCGAAAUCAGUAAAGCGGAGCUCGGCGACCAAGGAUCUUACACUUGUUCGGCCACGAACGAUGCCGGCGAGUUGCACACCAAUUACGCUGUUGAAGUUAUUGGAAAGCCGACAUUCGAAAGGAAGGGAGAGAAUAUCUACCAAGUAAUUGAAGAUGAGAGCAUCACGAUGGACUGCGGUGUCGCUUCCCGUCCACUUCCGGAAAUCAACUGGUAUCGCGGAGACCAACCCAUCUACUUGUCGGACAACUACAAGAUUUCGUCAGAUGGCAUGCAGAUCACCGUCAAUAAGGCGAGACUUUCCGACGGAGGAAAGUACACUUGCCGUGCUUCAAACGAAGCAGGAACAUCUGAUAUCGACCUCAUCCUUAGAAUCUUGGUUCCACCAAAGAUCGACAAGUCCAACAUCAUCGGCAAUCCAUUGGCAAUCGUCGCUAGAAACAUCUACCUCGAAUGUCCAGUGUUCGGAAUUCCGCAACCAUCUGUCAUUUGGACCAAGGACGGAGCUGACAUCGAUACCACUGAUAGCAGAGUCGUCUUUGCGCAGAAUAACGAGACCUUCGGAAUCGAGAAGGUUCAGGUGUCCGAUCAGGGAAGAUACACUUGCACGGCUUCCAAUGCUGGUGGAAAGACUUCUCAUGAUUUUAGUCUGGACGUGUUGUGUAAGUUAUGAACGAAAAAUUUAUAUUUCAUAAUAGUUUUCAGCUCCUCCGGUGUUUGAGAUCACUGGAACUGCACCGACUAUCAAACGCGAAGGUGAUACAAUCACGUUGACGUGUCCGAUCAAACUUGCCGAGGAUGUGGCUGAUCAAGUCAUGGAUGUUUCCUGGACAAAAGAUACCAGAGCACUAGAUGGCGAUGAUACGGAUAACGUUCAUGUAAACCAGCUAGAUUUUUCAGCACAAACACACAGAAAACUUUCAGAUAUCUGACGACGGCCGCAAGUUGACAAUCAACCAAGCUGCCCUGGACAACGCGGGCAUGUACACUUGCAUUGCCCUGAACAGAGCCGGAGAAGCGUCGCUCGAGUUCAAAGUGGAGAUUCUGUGUACGAACCUUGCUAGCCUGAAGUGCCGUGAGCUCGAAAAUAACUAUAUUGCUCGCCAAAUGCCGCAUGCAGUAACCAAAACCAGAUCGCCUCAGUCAGAUUCCUAUCUUGAGCACAUGCGCAAGUACGAGGAGUACUUGAAGAAGUAUGAAGAGAAUCUGAAAAAGCAGAGGGACGAGAACUUGAAACGGCAGAGCGCGUACUGGGAAAUGAGACGGCAGAGGGAGAGUGUGGCGCUUGUCACGACUACUAGUACCACCACCACUCAACCACCUUUGCCCUGGGUCUAUAAUCCGAAAUUCGGUCAUCCCACCGGUUCUAGUGGGGUUAUGAAAGUGAAAGCUACCGUUCAACACCCGAAAAGAGUAUUCCGAAGCAAAAGAGUCCGGCCCGUGCUUCGUUGUUUCCUUUAUGACCCUUUAAGACACCGUUUUCUCCGGGAAAAAAGUUCCGAAACUCUCCCACCAUCCCAAAAAGGAUUCCUUAAGUACCCGCUGAACAGAACUAAGAGAACCUGAAAUAUUCGUUUUGUUGUAUUUAUGUCACUUUGUUUGUAUCUCUCCUCUUAUUUAUUUUUUCAGUUGAUCUGACCACAUUUCCAGGAACAAUUUUCAUUUGUGAACCCUCGCGACUCUGGCUUGUCCCUUGUCCCAUCAUUUCUUUGCAGUGAUAUGAAAUAACAGUGUGUCGUGUGUUUUUUUGGAAUUGUUCAAUAUAUUACCUCAUUUUUUGUCCGCCUGGUGCUGUUUUCUUAGUGUAAUUAAUAAAACUGAAUGAAUGUCAAAGUGUGAUUGUGGCAUCAGAGCUUUUUCUGUAGUUUGGCCUAAUUUCCAGCCCCACCAGUCAUUGACACGUCCCGGAAUGAUGGCCAACCGCAAGUCGCCGUCAACCAGCCGACGAUCAUGCGAUGCCCAGUCACCGGACAUCCAUUCCCAACAAUCAAAUGGCUUAAGGAUGGAAAAGAAGUCACAGGUAAUGACUUGAAUGCGAUUUUUCUUUGGUUUCUGAAAAGUAAUAUUUAAAUUCAGAUGACGCGAACAUUCGAAUUGUGGAACAGGGACAGACUCUUCAAAUUCUACGCACUGAUUCUGAACAUGCUGGAAAGUGGAGUUGUGUCGCUGAAAACGACGCGGGCGUCAAGGAACUUGAGAUGGUUCUUGAUGUCUUUAGUAAGUUUAAACUAUUAUCAAUGUCAAACUCCUGUUUUUCCAGCUCAACCAAUUGUUUCGGUCCAUUCUGAAAACCCGAUCAAGGCACUCGGAGAGACCAUCACUCUCUUCUGUAACUCCUCCGGUAACCCGCAACCACAACUGAAAUGGACUAAGGGCGGAUCUCUUAUCUUCGAUUCUCCUGAUGGCGCCAGAAUUUCCCUGAAGGGUGCUCGUCUCGACAUCCCGCAUCUCAAAAAGACGGACGUCGGCGACUACACUUGCGAAGCCGUCAACGCCGCCGGAACCGCUGCAUCCACCAUCUCAGUGGAUGUUCUCGUUCCUCCAGAGAUCAACCGAGACGGAAUUGACAUGUCGCCACGCCUUCCAGCCGGACAGAGUCUGACAUUGCAGUGUCUGGCUCAAGGAAAGCCGCCACCAAAGAUGAAAUGGGUUCUGAACGGAACUUUGAUCACAGACGCUACCAAGGGAAUCACCGUUGCAUCGGACUCCACUUUCAUUCAGAUCAACAAUGUCACUCUUUCUGAUAAGGGCGUCUACACUUGCUUUGCAGACAACGUGGCAGGAAGUGACAGUUUGAUGUACAAUGUGGAUGUUGUCCGUGAGUAUUUCAGAUCUUCUUUAAAACUCCAAACGUGUCAUUUUUAGAAGCUCCAACCAUCUCCAACGGAGGCACGAAACAAGUGAUCGAAGGAGAGUUGGCCGUGAUCGAGUGCCUUGUCGAGGGCUACCCAGCUCCACAAGUGUCAUGGCUUAGAAAUGGAAACCGUGUAGAGACCGGAGUUCAAGGAGUACGGUACCUAGCGGAAGGACGCAAGUUGACCAUCAUUGAGGCCAGAAGCCUGGACUCUGGAAUCUACCUCUGCUCAGCCACCAAUGAAGCCGGCUCUGCCCAACAAGCAUACACUUUGGAAGUUUUGGUGUCUCCGAAGAUUGUUUCUACUCCACCAGCUAGUCUCUCACCACCAUCCGGUACGAAAUUCUCACUUCCGUGUGCGGUUCGCGGAUAUCCAGAACCUGACAUCAGCUGGACAUUGAAUGGCGACCAGAUCAACAGCGGAGAGGAUGGAUACAUCAUUGCUCCUGAUGGAACUUUAACUGUCGAAAAGGCCGAGGGACGCAGCUUGGUCUAUGAGUGCACAGCCAAAAACGACGCAGGCGCUGAUACGGUUGAAUACAAGGUUCAAACUAUCAGUAAGUUUUAGAAAUCGAAUUGGUUUGACAGAAAUUAGAUCUACAAUUUGUUUUCAGAUGCUCCACGAAUCAGCAACACUGGUGACAGAUACGUGAAUGGAUCAGAAGGCGAUACGACAACUAUCAAAUGCGACAUUGAUGCUGAUGACUCUGAUAUCACUUGGUCCAAGAACGGAGUUGUAGUCCUGCCGUCUGCGAACAUUGCAUUCUCAGAAGACAAGAAGGCAAUCAACAUUGCUUCAACCAGACUGACCGAUCAAGGAGAGUACAGCUGUACUGUGGCCAACAAAGCCGGAAAUGCCACUCAGAAAACCAGUCUUAACGUGGGAGUUGCUCCGAAGAUCCUGGAACGGCCGUACACGCAAGUGGUGAACAAGGGAGAUCAGGUGACAUUAUGGUGUGAAGCCACUGGUGUUCCACAACCGUCUAUUUCCUGGUAUAAGGAUGAUAGCCUUGUCACUAAUAGUGAGUUGUCAACUUCAUCAUGGUUUCAAAAUAUUUAUGUUUCAGCUGGAGUUGAUGAGACCGCUACAACCAAGAAGAAAUCAGUCAUUUUCUCUUCCAUUUCCCCAUCGCAAGCCGGAGUGUACACUUGCAAAGCCGAGAACUGGGCUGGAUCCACCGAAGAAGAUGUUGACCUGAUUGUCAUGAGUAAGAAAAAGAGGCGAUGUCUUCAUAAAUCAUAUUCAUCUUCACAGUUGCUCCGGAAGUGACCCCCGAAAGGAUGAACGUCUCCACUAACCCCCGUCAGACAGUCUUCUUAUCUUGCAACGCCACUGGAAUCCCAGAACCAGUUGUCAGUUGGAUGAAAGAUCCAAACAUCGCUAUUACAAACAGUGAGAGUGAGUCAUCGAAUGAAGCCGUCAUUUCGUUGUUUGCAAUGUUCUUUGUUCUUCUCAGAAUACCAACUUCUCGGAACCACCCUGGCGAUCAGAAAUGUUCUGCAGGAUGAUGAUGGAUUCUACUAUUGUAUUGCAAAAUCAGACGCCGGACAGAAAAUUGCCACCAGAAAGCUUAUGGUGAACAGUAAGGAUCUUUAAAUUCACCUUGAGCGUACAUUUUUUCGGUUUUUCAGAACCAUCUCUCGGACCCGCACCGAUUUGGGUGGAGUGUGACGAGAACGGAAAGCCAAAGAAGACCGAGUAUAUGAUUGACCGAGGAGACACCCCUGACGAUAAUCCCCAGCUUUUGCCAUGGAAGGAUGUGACUGACAAUUCUCUGAACACGUCCAUCUCGUAUCGUUGCAUGCCUGGACCAAGAUCUGCAAGAACAGUUCUGCUCCAUGCCGCUCCUCAGUUCAUUGUUCAGCCGAAGAACACCACAGCUGCGGUCGGAGCAGUGGUCGAGCUCAGAUGCUCAGCUGCCGGACCUCCAACUCCGCUGAUCACAUGGGCAAAGAAUGGAAAACUGAUUGAGACUAACAAGAAGGAGAUUGCUUACUCCCACCUGAAAGUAAUCCUGAACAGCACUGAUGACAGCGGGGAGUACACUUGCAUGGCUCAGAAUAGCGUUGGAACCAGUACGGUAAGUUGCAUUACAGGGGGACAUUCAUAAAGUCUGAAUAAUAUUCAAUUUUCAGACUUCUGCUCACAUCACCGUCGACAACAUGAUCGAGGCAACCCCGAAGCCGACAUCCAAGAAGAGAAACGUCGCUGUGAUCACUUGUUACGAGAGAAAUCAAGCCUACAGCCGUGGAAUCACUUGGGAGUUCAGAGGAGUCCCCAUGCAGAAGAACUUGGCAGGAAUCCACUUCAUGAACAACGGAUCUCUCGUCAUUUUGGACACCACCACGUUGAAACCAGGAGACCUUGAUCUUUACACUUGCAAAGUCCGCAACAGACGGCGUCACUCAAUUCCUCACUUGAAAUCCACGUUUGAAGGCGUUCCAGAGGUGAAAACUGUUGAUAAGAUUGAAGUGAAUGCAGGUGAACCUGUGAGAUUGGACUGUGAAGUCAAGAGUGACUCGCUGACCACGCAAAUUGUGUGGACUAAGAAUGACCAGAAAAUGCUGGAUGACGAGGCGAUUUACGUGCUGCCGAACAACAGUUUGGUGCUUGUUUCUACUGAAAAGUAUGACGAGGGAGUUUACAAGUGUAUUGCAUCCAAUUCCAUCGGAAAAGCCUUCGAUGACACGCAAGUCAUCGUUUACGGUAAGUCUUGGUUGCCCUCACGUUUGUCGUAUUUCCCCUCCAUCCCACACUGACCGUAACCGUCCACCACACUCAUUUUUACGUUCAAAUCUUUGUGAUGAUGUUUUUGUUGAUUGAUGAUGAUGCACUUGAAAUUCCGGGUGGUCCGGUCGGUGGGGUGUCUCAAAGACGAUGAGACGUAAAUACGUUUCUAGACGGUGACGUCAUGCCUCUGACCGGAUUCGAAGGAAGCGGCACUGAGCCUGUUGAACCUUCAAAUGUAGGAACGACGAGAGGAGGUCCAGAAUCUGAUGAAGAGUUGGAUGAUGUCACCACGACCACGACCACUAAACCAACUACAACUUCGUCCACAACAACGACAACAACCACUACUACUACCACAACUCCUCUUCCUCCAACCACUUUUGAACCUCCCACUACGACCACUACGACAACCAGAGGUGUACUUUGAAAAAUGAAAUGAUCUUUGACGUUCAAUUUUUCAGCUCCUUCAACCACGCCGCCAGACGAUAUUUAUGAAGGAAGUGCCACGAAUCCAGAAGUCGAGCCGACCACUCAGGACCACCUUUACGAGCAACCAUCCAAACUUCACUCGGAUGCCGUUGUCGUUGAAGCUUCAGAUUGUGACGGACACAUCGAUGAGCAUGGAGAGUGCAUUCAGCCCAAUGGAUCUUCCCAUCGGGUCAAGGUUCUUGCCGGAGAGGACAACUGUCCAGAAGGAUACGCUCUCAACCGGCGCACCCACAUUUGCGAGGAUAUCGACGAGUGCAGCUUCUACCAGCCAUGCGAUUUCGAAUGCGUGAACAUGGAGGGCAGCUACGAAUGCCACUGUCCGCCUGGCUAUGAGCUCACUCCUGAGGGCUGCUUCGGUGCGAACAUUUUCUCUCAAUUUCAUUAAGAAAAGAACCUGUUUAGAUGUGAAUGAAUGCGAGGAAACACGGUGUGAAGAAGGAAAAGCAUGCUUCAAUCAGCUGGGAGGUUACGAGUGUAUCGAUGAUCCUUGCCCAGCCAACUACAGUCUCGUGGAUGACCGAUACUGCGAACCGGAAUGCGACAAUUGCACUUUGACCCCGAUCCAAGUUCAUAUGCUUGCUAUACCAAGUGGUUUGCCAAGUGAGUUUCGGACCGGAAAAUUUAAUACCAACUUUCGUUUUCCUUCAGAAUCCCACAUUGCCACUUUGACCGCUUACGAUAAGACCGGAAGGGUUCUCAAUGACACCACGUACGCCAUCUCCGAUUCGGUUGCGGGCCCAAUGUCUCAAGGUAUGAUUUGCUUCGCUACGCUGAUCAAAUUAGCAAAAAAAUGCCGGCAAAUUAAUUAAGCCCAUUAGACGUUUAAAUAUAGUAACAAAAGAACGGAAAAGAAACUUGCAGGACGUAUGACUUCCGGACCGUUCACCAUCAAGGCGGUGAAAGCGGGUCACGCGCAGGUUUGGACCAACAGAAUGCUCCGAGCGGGAGCCCAUCACAAAGUGCGUGUCCGUGCUCACUCGGACCAAGCUACGAACGAAUUGCACGCUCCGAAAGAAACCAACUUCCUGGUGCUCAUCAAUGUCGGCCAGUAUCCAUUCUAG